AGGGUCUUCCGUAUAAGUUGUCCAUUGCUACGGAGCCCUCACCGUAUUCUUGAUAAAGAGCUGAUCCUCAGGCUGUUAUGUUAGCCUUGCGACUUUGUCCCGUUCUUGUCCUGUCUUGUCAUGAAACACUCCUUGCAAGUUGCCGCUGUAUUCCCGAACCCUGUACGAUCAACGCGCGCGCCUACAGUAGGUGCAGGUACCGCCACGAUUUACGAAUACACCAACCGCGAAUGAAUUGAAGCUGUCCAAAGCCGCGGGGACCGAUUCCCUCCCACGCGCGUUGUUUAGCCACUAAAUAUUCGCUCUCGGGUGCGGCUGAGUCGUGGGCUUGUCUCAGCUUUUGGUGUCUUGGACGAGACACUUGACCGUUAUGUUACGUUGUAUCGCUUAGUUACCGGUUUGCGCCGCUUUCGGUGCCCGACAAAUGCAGCCGCCGACGAAAUCUGUGCCAAUUGAUGGAUGCUGUUGCCAGCCUGUUGGUUCUUGCUAACGACCCGUUGGGUGCUUCUCAAUCGUUGCUAUCUUUAGUGACUGCCUUCUGCGCAUGAUGAGAGAGGUGUCUUCUUGAGUGCAUCUCGGCGCAAAAUGCCGCUCUUCCAAACGCUUUGAUUUGCGCCUGGCUUUCUGUUGUCUCGACCUGAGUGAAGCGGGCGCAGGAAGGACAACCAUGCGACUCACGGACAUGCAGCCAGCCGAUCUACAUGCUCCUUAAUCCGCAAAGCAGCUUCCUUCGAACUCAAUUUCGUGACAUCCAGCACCAACUCGGUCUCGUUCCCGAAGCGAUAGAUUGUCUCGUUCUCCAGAAUCGGCCUCAAAAUCGUCUCGUCCGUAAGCUUCGCACCGAUGUUUGCAACCCGCGUUGGGUUGAUCGCUCGCCUUAUGUUCUCCCCAAUCUCGCAUUCCAGCACGAUCGAUAUGAACGAAACGGCUCUCUUUAUCGCAGCAGCUUCGUAAUCUAUGGCGCUCCAUUCUCCCCGGUGCGGUUACCUCUCGCGCAUCCGUAAAGAUCCACGUUUUAUCCUUUGUACAUUCCGACGUCGCAAUUUCGUUCAGGACGUAUCGCCGUAGACCCGUUCGCAUCUCAUGGUAGCCUGGAGAUGAGCGCUCGACGAGGGCGUCGAUGGGAUCGAUGAGGAGGUGAUUGUGGUAGACCUUUGAGUCUGGGAGUAAUUGCUGGAGCUCCUUCGCGAUCGUGAGCUUCCCGAUACCGGGGUAGCCGUUGAUGUAGAUGAAGCAAGGCAUAUUUCGUCAGUGCGGGUGUGGUGCCUGACAGCAGGUCUGCGAAUGCGAUGUUCGUACUGGCUUUUCGCUCGAAUGGUUUGUUAAUCGUUGAGGAAUUGCGGACGUGGGUAUUUGUAGUCCGGCGAAAGGUGAGUCACUGUUAUGCUUUUAACAACCACCAAACCCUCCCAAUGUGGCCACUGAACAUCGCGCAACAGAAGCUUGAGUCGACGAAGCGAACUUUGUUCAUGCAACCAGUCUUCGUAAAUCCUGCUCAAGAGGAUCAAGAACUCCAGAAAUCACAUCCCCUUGAGAACAACACGAACCUCCAGCUGUCCCAAUUUGCAUGUCCGAUCGUAAGCAUCGCUCUACCGCAUUGUAAUAUCCAGAGCCACCGGUCAUCAUGACUCUUCCCAAAAGUUUAUUGGCGGCUUCGUAGUCAAGGAUAUAACUCGGUAAAUCAUGCUCCAGUGUCUGAUUCUGAGCUGAAUCUUGAGUUGCUAUUGACUGGCCAAGAAUGAGCUCGAUGAGGAGGAUGAUCCCGAGAUAAAGCAUGAACGGGUUGGUAGGUGAUGCUGUUGCGUUGACCCUGGGAUAUUCAGGGAAGUGUCUGAGGACAAAAACAUGCUGAAAUUGAUGAACACCACCCUUUUGGGCAAUGAAGAUAUCCUCACUUCUUGGAAUGUCUGCAACCCAAGGCGUGCCUUGCAUCUGCAAGACACCACAGGCAAUCAUCCAAGCCAGACGCAGCUUGUCACCGUAGAGCAACGCUGGAUCUUGAAGCACUUCUUUUAGUGGUACCAGAGACCAUUCAUCACAACUGCCCAGACAUUCUAGUGUGUAGACGUCAUACUUCUGAGUUUGGGUCAUGUAGCAAUGUUGAAUGUGCUCACAUCUCUCGCCCUGUUUUCUCUUCCCCAUCGUUUGCAUUGCUUCACACAGAUUGCUGAUGUGUUUGGAACAAAUAGGCUCAGACAUUGUUCUAAGAGUGUUGAAUGUGAGAUUUGAUAAGGCUGAUUCGAUGAUAACUGUUUGCAAUUGCUGGCUGUUUGUCGAAGAGGUCGUUGAGGGAACAGAAAACCCAACUGUCUUCCUCGAAGUAGAUGUACUUUGUGAUGUGAAAGAAACCGUUGUCUUCUUCGAAUCCUCUCCGCUCUUCAAAAGAAUUUCAUUCCAUUGUUUUAAAAUAUUGACUUGUGAUCCCGUUAGGUACGAAACUGCAAGGCGGAACUGCAACUCCUUGAUAAUAUCAUCAUCAUCAUCCUCAGGAACAACGGUCCGUGAUGGCGGUGUCAGCCUCAAGCCAACAUCGUGCAAGCCAGAGCAUUUGCAAGUCAUCGUUGACCGUAGUGCGUGAUAUAUACCACUCAACAUUCCGUUGACGAGCUUGUUAAGUCUCCCCUGCGAUCGAGACUUUCUUUGUGAUUCCAGAUCCGUGUUGAGGACUGCUAGGCGCUGAAGAGCUGAGACACCAUCUCGUAUCCUCGUCAAGACCUCCUCAUGAUUUGACUUUUGAAGGAUGAAUGUUGCUCGCUUAAACUGCUUUUUGAUCGAUGAGCUUUCAGCCCAUUCAACCUGUUCCAAUUAACCGAGGCACGCACAAUGUUGACCAUAGAUUCAUACCUUGCCGUCUGUCCCAACAUUGAGCUUCUCCAUCAUCUCCUCGAUAGCUUCCCUCAUGUCCUGCACGCGAUCGUCGAAUACCUGCAACGAUGACCAGAGCCGCAGGCGCAGCUUAUUGAGGAUUUCUUCUUCUCUCCAAAGGUCUCCAAAAGGAUCUCGUAUCAUUUCCUCGAUGCGCGUUUGUGGUGCAAUUCCUGUUAGGAGUUUCUCGCAUAUGUUCUGAAGAUUGACAUGUUCAGUCUUGAGGGUCAAGAUGAGGCUCUUGAGGAUUCGUUUGUAGGAUCGGAAAUUCUGCAGGGUGCCAAGACCGUUCAUGUAGCAUUGUAGUGCAGAUACCACGAUAGGUAUGCUACCGAGCACGAUACCCGCAACCUCGAAGCCUGACAUCAGAACGAUAUCUCUUGAGGCGGUGAUGGAGGGACGAGAGUGCAAGGAAAAGAUUUUGAGGCUCUGAGGCUGGUCUUUUCCAGCUGCGCUGAUCAAGGGUUGAAAAGAAGAGGGGUUGCGGCUGACGUGCAGCUGGAACUUGGCUUGACCAACAGCACCUGCAGAUAGCACCUUCUCAUGGGUCACCAGAGGGCGAUUGCCACUCCAACAUUCUUUCCACAUUUUCUGGGUCGAUGAAUCACGAGAGGAGCAGCGCACUGUCUUCAUUCCUUGCACAACCAUGAACACUAUUGCUGAUCACGUUUCGGCUUGUCUCCAAGAGUUCAAUAGUCUCUGCAGCUCUCCUACCAUAUGGGAGAAUGGCAUCCCGGAUAGUGAUGCUCAGAGCGAUGUAUCACUCUUGAAGCUGCAGAACGAGCUGGGCAGAUUCAAAGUUUGGAGUGGAAACAUCGGCGCUCAUCAAAAAGGGAGAAGCUCGCUCGAUCACAGGCUUCGAGAUGCGUCAAAUAUCCGGGAUCAGGUGGUUGAGCUCUUGGAGGACUUGAAGGAGUCUCUAAAGGAUGCCAAUGACAUUCUCACAGGGCAAUUAACACCAUGGGAUCAAGACCUAUCGCCAGCGGAGUUUCCGAAUGACGACUCCGACGAUGAACCAUUAAGCGUUGACGCAUCUGGGCCAUCCGAACUCUCCCAAAUAUUUGCUGCCAUCGUUGAAGACAUCAACUGCCUGUUCAGGCUCUCAGUGUCCAUUCAUAACCCUUCUCCUCACGAUCGCUUCAAGAAAGCCUGCUUGACCGAUACAUCUGGCUACGAGCCAUUUGACGUCCAGCAUGUGUGCAAUAAGCUCUCUAAGGCCCCGAAGCCGAUCGCCGAAAGACUUGGGAAGGCAAUUUCUCGACGAAGGCAGUACUUCAAAUACAGAGAACUGCACCAUGACAAGCUGGCGAGUGGGCUCGAUCUCGACGAUCAGGACCAAAUGCAGAGUACAGUAGCCUCUUCGUUGCCAAACAAGCUCAAUGUGAGUCAACCAAUCUCCUUGGAGGAGGAUGGGGAUGAUGUAUCGGAUGCCGGAAGGUCACAGACGUCUUGGGCAACAUCAGCUGCGAAUCCAGAGAGGCGGAAGAUACCUGCUCUUCCAGCGGAAGCCGAGAAUGGGCCCUUCGAGUGCCCAUUUUGUUUCAUGAUGGUGUCUGUUUCAUCGAGAAAUCAUUGGAAGAAACACGGAUUCUCAGACCUAUUUCCUUACAUUUGCGUCGAACUGGGUUGUCCCGCCCCAGAUCAAGACUUCCAGAGACGUCACCAGUGGGCAGGUCAUGUCAUGAAAUACCAUUGGAAGACAUGGACCUGCAAGCUUGGAUGCCAGGAGAUAUUUGUCUCUUUGCAAGACAUGAAACACCAUUUAGCGCAGAAGCAUUCAGAAACCACGGAAUUGACUCAUCUCGCCAGCCUUACCACUAUGUGCGAGAGGCCUAAGUUAGAGAACGAGUCAGCAGACUGUCCCCUGUGCGGAGAAAGACAAUCCUCAUUUAAACAAUACCAACGGCAUGUUGGUCGCCACCAAGAAGAUCUUGCUCUAUUCGCAUUGCCCCAUCUCCCAGGUGGAUUUGAUGAAAAGGACGACGAGCUUGAUUCCGAGUCUGAGGGAAAAGACGGACUGGAGUCUGAGUCCCGAGACGAGUUGCAGAAAGCCAGCUCUUACGUUACCCGUCUUUCUGACGAGAGCGGAGGCGAGGCUAUAGACGUAUCUGAGCGAAGCAUUCGAUACGCUCGAGGGGAAGUCUUCGCUCCUGUUGCUGUCAUAAAGGAACUUUCCGAUGGCUCAGGCCUUACUUCCAAAGCUCGCGGCAAGAAUCCUUCACCCGAGGAGAUAGUUCCUAAGAAGUGCCGCGAGCCCGGCUGCGACAAGGAGUUCAUGCGCUCUUGCGAUCUUACCAAGCACGAAAAGACCCACUCCCGCCCAUGGAAGUGUCCAGUUCCAACCUGUCCAUACUAUCAGCAUGGAUACGUUACAGAGAAAGACAGGGACCGCCACUACCGUGCGAGACAUUCUACCCCCCCUGAAUGGUAUGAGUGUAUGUUUAAACCUUGUCCCUUCAAGUCAAAACGAGAAAUGAACUGCAAGCAACACAUGGAGAAGGUUCACGGUUGGACCUAUGUCCGCUCGCAAAAACAUGAUGUCAAGCUGCCUUCAAUAUCAAAUCCAGAUACGGAUAUGGCGAUUGAGCAGCCUAGAAAACCUUUGGACAUAGACUCCGCAGAUGAUUCUUUUGAGCAAGGGAGUGAAGACCCUAUAAUAACGCACCGCCGCAUCGAAAUGAUUGCUCCUAUCGAGAACAAACAAAGUUUCGACCCUGCCAAUGUGGACGUUCUGCACCUUAGACACAAGGAAUCCUUAUACACAUUUAAGUUUUCACGGCAUGACAUUAGAGAUGGCAAGCUGCGAGUGUCCAAGAUCAGAGAGCUCGCAGCGGGAAUGGCGUAUGUUCCUGAGAGCUUCAGACAUCUGGUCGAACUUUCUUGCAAAGACGUUAAACUGUUGAUCGAUGGUACGCCUAUCAGAAACUACGGUGUAUCAAGGGGCGAUACAAUAAAAGUCGAAGCGCCGCAGUUCAGGAACUCUAGCCCAUUAAGCAGUCCAGCUCGUGAUGAUCCUGUGCUGGAUAACGGGCGUGGCACUGAGGAGAACAUGGAAUUCGAAGGAAAAGUAGAACGUGACGAACGACGAGCAGAGUUCUCCUCGGAGUUACGACAAAGAGCUACGGUGGAAUCUUUCUAUCAAAAGGUUUCUGCAAGCUAUAACUCGCAGGGUGAACCAAGAGAAGAGACAGAUAGCAAAAGGAAUGGUGUUCGCAAAAGGACAAAGACUGGAUGUUUAACAUGCCGCAAGCGUCGAAUAAAAUGCGACGAAGGAAAGCCGAUAUGCAAUAACUGUAUCAAAUCUAAACGUCGUUGUGAGGGCUACAGCCAAGUUGUUAUCUUUGGGGGCUCUAUGGAUGCGAUACAUGGAGCGCCAAUCCCGGAAAUUGAGUCAGAUCUCGAGAAACUGGAUGCCCCUUAUGCUUCUGGACCUAUCCAACCAUCUACAGAGGCCGACCACAAGGUUGUAAAAAGCUCUACACCUGGAGUUAGAUGCCCCACCUGUGCCUUGGAAGGUAAAGAGAUAUGGGUUAUUCCCGGGCGCUGUUGUGGAUAUUGUGGAACACCAUGUGCGGAGGAGGAUACUCUGAGUCUAGACGUUGAUGAUUCGUUCCUAAAAACUAACCUUUACGAGGACUGGCCUUUGUUCCCAACAACAGGCGCCAGUGACGAGGAACUGCCCAAUUCAACUCUCGAAGGUCCCAAGAAGAAACAAGUAUCGUGCCCGAGCUUCUCGGUCAAUGGUUACUGCAUGGACGAAGUCGAAUGCCCAUUCAUCCAUGAUCCGGCCAUGAUAUCCACUUCCGAUCCGUCCAGCAAGCUCGCUGCCACCGUGGGACCUUUUACGGAUCCCGACCUCACGAUGAGCAGCAACGAAUCCAAGGUUUGGAAGGCUUUGUGUGCGUUGGAGAACGAAUUGGAAGUGGGAUGGAUUCCGAUAUGCAACAAAGCCAUUAUCUCAGACAAUGGUUCUGCACAAAAGGGAGAGGAAAGGCUCGGACUUAUCAAUGGAAUUCAUUCGAAUGUCAUAAAGAAACUGAGGCGAAUUGAACAACUUAGCAGGCCUGAUAUCAUGGCAAAGAGACGCCAUAUCGAGGCAAUGGUCGACGACCUUCUAACAAGGCUUGGAGUGGUGUCAAUGACAGGAACAGAUAGCUAUCAGAUAACAUAGUUAUGGGGAGGCUUUGCUUUGAUUCUUGAUCUCUCUUCAUAGCCUAUGUCGAAGUCUCAGAGUCGUGCGUUGAGCCAAUGAGAAAUGCUGCCUGCUCAAGAGAUCACAGAAGCCCUAAGGCUCGCAGAUACCGCCCCAGAGCGUGUGAGACGUUACGAAUACGAGUGAGGGUGUUUAAAACUCCAGUAAAUGGUAAUGAUAUCCUUUUUAGGUGCCGAGGUUAACUUACUUCUAGUGUUCAGGGAAGGGUAACAGCUUGGUUGGCUUGGUGCCAUCAAGACCAAGUGCUAAUGCUAGAUAUUAGAGACUGAACGGAUUAUAGAUUAGGAUGACAAUGAUAUGAACUAUCGUAGA